AUGAGACCGCUGAAGUUAUCAUUUUUUAUGCUCCUUGUAACUUUGCUCCUCGUUGGUUGUUCACAAUGUCAUAAUAAUAAUAAUAAUAAUAAUUUGAAUCCUUCUUGUCACUCCGACGACUUAACGGCACUGAACGGCUUCAUAGACAGCCUCCAAUCACCAUCACCCAUCUGGCGAAGCAGUGUUACAGACAGUGCUUGUUGCACCUGGGAAGGAGUCACCUGCGACUCCUCCGACCGCGUCGUUGGUCUCCAGCUCGCCGGGAAGAAACUUUCCGGUAAACUUCCUGCUUCCUUGUCAGGUUUAGUUUACCUCAAAACACUCAAUCUCUCCAAUAACUUCUUCACUGAUUCUGUUCCCGUUCAACUCUUUCGAUUUCCAAAUCUCCAACUUCUCGACUUGAGCCACAACCAAUUCUCCGGCUACCUAACAACAUGGGAUAUGUCUCAGAAUUCAACAACGCUGGAGCUCUUGGAUCUUUCUCAUAAUGAUUUCUCCGGGGAAAUCCCGCCGGGUUUCGGGAACUGCACCUCCCUUCAUCAGCUAUCACUUGGUUCCAAUCUUUUCACCGGAAAUCCGCCGGAGGAUCUCUUUCAGCUUCAAUCACUAACCCGAUUAGAUCUUUCCGCGAACAACUUGUCGGGUACUCUAAAUCCCAAUUUUAGUAAUCUCUCCAACUUGAUCCACCUCGACAUAUCUUCAAACAAUUUCUCCGGGGAGAUCCCCGACAUUUUCCAGAAUCUCAAGAACCUUAAAAUGUUUAUUGGGUAUUCAAACAAGUUUACAGGACAGUUACCACCGUCGCUCACAAAUUCCCCCAGCAUUUCAUCCCUUAGUAUCAGCAACAAUUUCUUAUCCGGCUCCAUUUCAUCAGCUGUUAACUGUUCCUCCAUGCUGUCUUUAACCUACCUUAACCUCGGCAGAAAUUACUUCGUCGGACCAAUUCCCGACACACUAUCUCUAUGCCGACGACUACAAGUCCUAAUGCUGUCUCGAAUCAGACUCGACAGCCAAAUACCCGACAGCUUCAAGGAGAUGACAUCACUCACCACCUUAUCGGUUUCAAAGUCCAACAUCUCGAACCUCUCGUCAGCUCUCUCCAUCCUCCAACACUGCAAAAACUUAACGAGUUUGAUAUUGACAGCUAAUUUUGUGAACGAACGCAUGCCAAUCGACCCUGGUCUGCGUCUUGGCAAUGUCAAGACCCUUGUGAUUGCCAAUUGUGGGCUAACCGGGUCGAUCCCUUAUUGGUUGAGCCAUUCAGCCAACUUAGAGUUAUUAGAUCUUUCCUGGAAUAAUCUGACAGGAGAAAUCCCAUCAUGGUUCAGAAACUUGGAGUUUAUUUUCUACUUGGACUUGUCAAAUAAUUCACUUCAUGGACAAAUCCCAGAAAACAUAACCGAGAUGAGAGGUUUGAGACAUAGAAACUCAUCGGUUAAAGAACCGUGGAGAGUGGAACUUCCACUCUUCACAAAAAAAAACCAUUCUGGACAAAGCUUACAGUAUAAUACAUUUUGGAGCUUUCCUCCGACGUUGGACUUGAGCCACAACAUGUUGGAGGGACAUAUUUCGACGAUGUUUGGCAAUUUAAGGGCACUCCAUGUUUUUGACUUGAGCCAUAACAUGUUAUCUGGGGAUAUUCCAAGUGACUUGUCUAAGAUGGCUAACCUGGAGAUUUUAGACUUGUCGUAUAACAAACUGUCGGGUUCGAUUCCGUUUUCAUUACAGCAACUCAACUUUCUUUCGAAAUUCGAUGUGGGUCACAAUUUACUUACUGGGAUUAUCCCAAUUGGAGGUCAGUUUCUGACAUUUCCAGAUUCGAGUUUUGAGGGGAACUCGGGUCUGUGUAUGAGAUAUUCGUCGUCCUCGUCCUGCGGAUUCACAAGGAAGGAACCUAUUAGAAACAGAGGUGAUGAAGAUGGUUAUUUUGAUGUAGAUUCCAUUUUCGGGCUGCAGUUUGGCCUUGGUGUUUGUUUAGGGUUUGUUGGUACACUCGUGGUCAAGUUUCUAAUUCGUCGUUCUCCUAAAAAGAAGAAGAGAAAUGAUUUCUUAGCAAGAAGAAUACUAAAUAUUCAAAUGUGA